GGUACUAACCGUUAUAUGCAAUUUUCAGAUGCAUUCAGAAUAGCCUGUUGGUACACAAACUGGUCACAGUAUAGACCAGGGGGUGGAAAAUUCUUCCCAGGAAACAUAGAUCCUAAGUUAUGCACACACAUCUACUAUGCCUUUGCUAACGUGGGCCUGGAGAACGGAGAGUGGGGCCUUCAGAUGAUCGAGUGGAACGAUGAAGCUAAAUACACCGAGAUGAUGGCGCUGAAGAAAAUAAACCCCAAACUUAAGGUGUUGUUGGCAGCGGGAGGAUGGAACCACGGCACAGCAACAUUCAACUCCAUGUCCAAGCAGAGGUCUACAAGAGCCCAGUUUCUCAAAAAUGUCAUCUCCUUUUUGAGAAAGUAUAACUUUGAUGGUCUCGACUAUGACUGGGAAUACCCCGGGGAUGCUAAUAGGGGGAGUGGCCCCGAGACAAAACAACAGUUCUCUGAUUUAGUAAAGGAAUCGAGGGAGGCAUUUGACGCAGAGGCGGCAUUAAGUGGAUCCGAGCGCUUGUUAGUGACUGCCUCGGUCGGUGUGACUGCAGAGAAGGCAAAGAAUGGAUACGAUAUUCCUGUCAUGAAUAAGUACCUUGACUGGACUAAUCUGAUGACCUAUGACCUCCAUGGCGCCUGGGAAAACUUCCUUGGUCACAACUCUCCUCUGUAUCCCAGAUCGGAUGAAACCUACCCCCAGAACCAACUCAACGCUCAUGUUUCCGUGGAGUAUUGGAUCGCUCAAGGGUACGACCCAGCUAAUCUCCUCCUGGGAGUGGGUUCAUACGGUCGCUCCUUCACCAUGCAGGACGCCAACAGACAUGACUUGGGGGAUCCCGCUUCUAGAGCAGGGAGUCCAGGGCCAUUUACCAGAGAAAAUGGAUUUUUGGGUUAUUAUGAGGUCUGCCAAAAUGCUUGGCCAAGUGUAUUCAACAGUGAACACAAAGUACCCUAUGCCUACGACAAAGUCUCUCUACAGUGGGUGGGGUACGAUGACAUGACAAGUAUGAGAAUUAAGGCUGAUUACGUAUGUGCCAAUCAGCUGGGUGGAAUCCAUAUGUGGGCCUUAGACAUGGACGACUUCUCUGGACAGUUCUGUAAACACGGGAUGAACUAUCCUCUCCUUAGAACUAUAAACGCUGGUCUUCAAGCAUGUAGUUCUCAACCUGGUACGCCUGCACCAACUGAUGCACCCACCCAGGCACCUACUCAGGCUCCAACUCAAUCCCCGACUGCUGCACCAACUCAAAAACCCACCCAGCCACCUACUCAGGCUCCAACUCAAGCCCCGACUGCUGCACCAACUCAAAAACCCACCCAGCCACCUACUCAGGCUCCAACUCAAGCACCUACCGCUGCACCAACUCACAAACCCACCCAGGCACCUACCGCUGCACCAACUCAAGCCCCAACUGCCGCACCAACUCAAGCUCCCACUGCUGUGCCUACCCAACCUCCAACUACAGCAGCAAACGGAGAAUUUGUUUGCCCAAGUGAAAGCGGAUAUUUUCCACAUCCAAGCAACUGUAGAAAGUUCUAUCACUGCGCCAUGAAUAAAGCAUUCAACAAAAUCUGUCCGAAAGGCACGUACUACAACCCAAAGACCUACCUCUGCGACUACGAAUACAACGUGCCAUCUUGUGCCAAUGGAAGCCCCAUAGAUAUUGAACCGUUCGUAUGUCCCAGCGAUGGCAUCUUCCCCGACCCUGAUGACAACGGAUGUUACUACAACUGCGCCAAUGGUAACCCAUUCCACCUAUGUUGUCUGAACGGCCUGGUCUUUGAUACCCAAGACCUCAUCUGUAGAUUUGCCCUCCCAGAAGAACGCGAAAUUACAUUCCCUAACCAAAGAAAAAUUUGUAAAACCUUUCUGAAUCCCAAAGUUCUAUACAGAAGAAGUUCAAUACAGAAGAGCAACAAAAUGAUAAGUCAACUUAUUUUUGCAUUCGCCAUCAUCAUUCCAUCCACAUAUGCCUUCAGAAUAGCCUGUUGGUACACAAACUGGUCACAGUAUAGACCAGGGGAUGGAAAAUUCUUCCCUGGGAAUAUAGAUCCUAAGUUAUGCACACACAUCUACUAUGCCUUUGCUAACGUGGGCCUGGAGAACGGAGAGUGGGGCCUUCAGAUGAUCGAGUGGAACGAUGAAGCUAUAUACACCGAGAUGAUGGCACUGAAGAAAGUAAACCCCAAACUUAAGGUGUUGUUGGCAGCGGGAGGAUGGAACCACGGCACAGAAACAUUCAACUCCAUGUCCAAGCAGAGGUCAACAAGAGACCAGUUUCUCAAAAAUGUCAUCUCCUUUUUGAGAAAGUAUAACUUUGAUGGUCUCGACUAUGACUGGGAAUACCCCGGAGAUGCAGAUAGAGGCAGUGGCCCUGAGACAAAACAACAGUUUUCUGAUUUGGUGAAGGAGUCGAGAGAGGCAUUUGACGCAGAAGCAGCAUUUAGUGGAUCCGAGCGCUUGUUAGUGACUGCCUCAGUCGGUGUGACUGCAGAGAAGGCAAAGAAUGGAUACGAUAUUCCUGUCAUGAAUAAAUACCUUGACUGGACUAAUCUGAUGACCUAUGACCUCCAUGGCGGCUGGGAAAACUUUCUUGGUCACAACUCUCCUCUGUAUCCCAGAUCGGAUGAAACCUACCCCCAAAACCAACUCAACGCUCAUGUUUCCGUGGAGUAUUGGAUCGCUCAAGGGUACGACCCAGCUAACCUCCUCCUGGGAGUGGGUUCAUACGGUCGCUCCUUCACCAUGCAGGACGCCAACAGACAUGACUUGGGGGAUCCCGCUUCUAGAGCAGGGAGUCCAGGGCCAUUUACCAGAGAAAAUGGAUUUUUGGGUUAUUAUGAGGUAUGUCAAAAAGCUUGGCCAAGUGUAUUCAACAAUGAACACAAAGUACCAUAUGCCUACGACACAGUCUCUCUUCAGUGGGUGGGGUACGAUGACAUGACAAGUAUGAGAAUUAAGCUGGGUGGAAUCCAUAUGUGGGCCUUAGACAUGGACGACUUCUCUGGCCAAUUCUGUAAACACGGGAUGAAUUAUCCUCUCCUUAGAACUAUAAACGCUGGUCUUCAAGCAUGUAGUCCCCAGCCUGGUACCCCUGCACCCACUGAUGCACCCACCCAGGCACCCACUCAGGCACCAACUCAAGCGCCAACCCAGGCACCUACUCAAGCACCUACCGCUGCACCAACCCAGGCACCUACUCAAGCACCCACCGCUGCACCAACUCAAGCACCAACCCAGGCACCAACUCAAGCACCUACCGCUGCACCAACUCAAAAACCCACCCAGGCACCUACCGCUUCACCAACUCAAGCACCUACCAAACCACCUACAGCUGCACCAACCAAAGCGCCAACCCAGGCACCUACCAUUGCACCAACUCAAAAACCCACUGAGGCACCUACUGAAGCACCUACCGAUGCACCAACUCAAGCGCCAACAAAGGCACCUACUCAGCCCACAACUACAGCAGCAAGUGGAAAAUUCGUUUGUCCCGAAGAGAGCGGAUAUUUUCCACAUCCAAGAAAUUGUAGAAAGUUCUAUCACUGCGCCAUGAAUAAAGCAUUCAGCAAAAUCUGCCCCAAAGGCAUGUUCUACAACCCACAGACUUACCUCUGCGACUACGAAGACAACGUCCCAUCUUGUGCCAAUGGAAACCCCACAGAAAUAGAUCAAUUCAUAUGUCCCAGCGAUGGCAUCUUCCCCGACCCUGAUGACAACGGAUGUUACUACAACUGCGCCAAUGGUAACCCAUUCCGCACAUGCUGUAUGGACGGCCUGGUCUUUGAUACCCAAGACCUCAUCUGGAAUAUGCAAGGUGUAUCUUCCAGCUCCAAAAAACUGGUGGUAUAUUUUACCAACUGGGCUCAUUUAAGAAAAGAUGAGGCAAGAUUUGUCCCCGGCGACAUCGACCCUAGUCUGUGCACCCAUAUCAUCUAUUCAUUUGCCAAGGUCAACAAAAACGAGUCGGGAUUUAUUCUAGAGGGCACGCAGUGGAAUGAUAUGGAAAUGUUCUCAGAAUUAGUCUCCAUAAAGGACAAAUAUCCAAACCUGAAACUACUCUUGGCAGUUGGUGGUUGGAAUCACGGCACCGCCAUGUUUAACGAAAUGGCGUCGUCUGCUGCGACGAGAGCUCAAUUCAUCAAGAGCACUAUCAAAUAUUUGAGAGAUAUCAAAUUUGACGGCUUCGACUAUGACUGGGAGUAUCCUGGAAAUUCUGAUCGUGGCUCCCCUCCCGAGACAAAGCGGCAUUUCGCUGAACUAAUUCAGGAUACUCGAUCAGCGUUUGAGGAGGAAGCUAAUACAAGUGGGAAACCCCGAUUGCUGUUGACCGCUGCCGUCGCUGCAGGGGUGUAUGCUGUUGACAGUGGCUAUGACGUUCCAACAAUCGCAAAGUCGGUGGACUUUAUUAAUUUAAUGGCUUACGACUUCCACGGCAGCUGGGAGGACACCACGGGGCACCACAGCGCCCUCUACCACAGGCAAGAUGAACCACCGGCACACAAGUCGGCCAACCAAGAUGCUGCUGUCAACUACUGGAUUCAGCAAGGCAUGCCUCCUGACAAGAUAGUGCUGGGCGUUGCCUUCUACGGACGCACCUUCACCCUGAGAAACCCUGAAGUCCAUGGCUUGGGGGCACCCAUUAGAGGUCCUGGGACACCGGGGCCUUACACAUUAGAGCCCAGUAUGCUGGCUUACUUUGAGAUAUGUGAAUUGCAGUCCGCCCAGCGAAAUUGGAGUUGCCAACACAAGGUGCCAUACAGUAUCUGUGGCAACCAAUGGAUAGGAUACGACGAUACCGAGAGUCUAAGGAUGAAGGGUGAGUACGCGCGGUCCAAGGGCCUCGGUGGCGUUAUGGUCUGGAGCAUUGACAUGGAUGACUUCAAAGGAAAGUUCGGCACCAUGGGACCCUACCCCUUGUUAAGGGCUCUCAAGUCCGGUCUUGAUGGGAGAGGUUCAUUAGACGCUCGUCCCUCUGACAUGCAGGUUGCACCAACUGCACCAAAGCCAGCGGACGUCCCAGGGAAGCCUUCCAGUCCUUCGGUUUCAAAUUCUGCGCAAGUACCACCCAAACCUUCUCAGUCCAAAGCAGAAGAUGUACACGAAAAAUCUGAGACAGGUGUAAUGCCGUACCCGGGAGACGGGUUGUUCCCUGAUCCGAAGGACCCCACCAAAUACUACAGCUGUGCCAACGGGAUUAUGUACUCACAGCAGUGUCCUCCGGGUCUGGUGUUCAAUCCGGUCACCAAGACCUGCGACUGGCCUCAAAAUGUACGGAAAUAGGCUAGACCUCCAUACUUCAUCCUCGACAUUAUUUCGUGCCCAGGGGCCUGUUUCAGAAAAGUUUACCUGGUCUACGUCAUUUGGCAACGCUCGAACUGCUAAAAUUGGAUAGCCGACUUGGUGCAUUCCCAGAGAUUUAGAUCGAUCCAGGGAUUAAGAUUUAGAUCGACCUAACUCCCUGGGGGUUCACG